UACCACCUCAUCCCGUCUCGUCACUGUCUCGUCUGGUCCGCCCUCCCUUCCUCUCUGCCGCGCUGACCUCUGCCACGCCCGGCGUACUAUGCUUUGCAGUGCUCGUGCGCCUGCGCCUGCUACCCUCUGCCACGCUCCCCGCGCAUGACGACUUUGACAAAAGCACGGAUUGACCAGGACCGAAACCCGUAUGUCGUUCCGCCCGUCCUCGCCGCGGACAGUGAGCGCAGCGAACCACGCUUCGAGCGACUCGAGCGCCAUAUGCUCCCUCACUUCGACGUCUACGCUGGACACGCUGCCCACCCGCCUCGAUCUGUCUCCCACCGAGCGCGAGGCCCGCAAGGGCCUGCUGCGCGAGACCUUCUUCGACCAAUUCAAGGACGACUACCCCGCCAGCGCUGCUACCGCUGCCCUCAGCCGCACCGACACCGACGCCGAGACGCCUGAGGAAAUGCAGAAGAAUGAUCCGCUGGGAACGCAGAUAUGGAAGUUGUAUCACAAGACCAAGGGCCAACUGCCCAACUCGGAGCGCCUGGAGAACCUGUCGUGGCGGAUGAUGUCGAUGAACUUGAAGCGGAAAGAACUCGAGAGGCAAGGGCUGGCUUCCCGACCGCUCGCUCCUGCCCAAAAUGCCCCAAGUGGUAUCGCGCAGCUGCGUAAGUCCUCCGAACAGAUCGGGCAAGUGGCCCAGCAGCAGGCGCCCAGCGAGGACCACAUGAACCUCGACGACUUUCUCGAGCCGUCGUCCAUCGGAAGUCCCGCCGGCAUUUCGCCCUCGCCCACGCCCGAGCACUCGGCGACUGUCAGUGCAUCCGCGAUUCCGAUCAGACAGCAGCAGCGCCUGCAGAGCGACGAGCUGUCCAUUGCGCGCGCCUCAGCACCUUCCGUCCCACCGCUCGAGCAGAAUCGAACCCACCGCGAAUUUUCCUACGUGCAGCGGCACGUGCGCAAGACCAGUAUCGAUGAGCGAAGGCCCCCAAAACGGCGUGCCGAAGCCUCGCCGCAAGUCCCUCCGGUACAGAACAGCACGCUCGCAGCGCAGGACCCUGUGGCAGAGGCUGCUCUCCACAACUACACUCUCGAUACUCAGCCCCACGCGCCGCACAAUGCCCUGCCUUUCAACCUCGAUACCUUCAACAUCGACAACGACACGAUACUCAACUCCGCCGGGCCCCUGCAGCAACAGUUCUCAUUCUCCCCCGUCGGGUCUCCGAUGAUGACGACCGGCGGCUUCUCGCAUAUGUACCACCAUAACAUGUCACACCCGCAAAGCGUGUCCGGCUUCCAGUCUCCACCCACCUCGGCAUAUCCAUCAACAGUUUCGACACCCCAACCUAUUCCGGAGGGCGAGCAGAUCUUUUUCGGCAACCAGCUGCAUUCAGGCUCUGUACCCAACUUUCAGCACCAACAUGGCUCAUCUCAACAUCUCCAGCAUUUGCCUACGAGACAGGUGCAGCCUCAGCCUCAGCAGCAGUUCGUGUUCAAUCCGAGCAGUGACUCCAUGUUCAGCGUUAUAUCUGCAAGUGCCCCUUCUCACGGAUUCCAUGCCCCUAAUUUUCAAGUGCCUGGCUCUCUGGACCCCCAACGUACCAUGGCCAACGAUUACGCAAACACGAGUAUGCCCAUGCCACGUCACGAGAACAUGUUCACCUUUGGAGGUGAUUCGGACAACGAGGAUGAUGAUCCGAUGUCGUAUCACGACACCAAUAUGCUGAUGUCACAGGGUCUGUCGCCAGAGGAUUCAGCACUUGAUAUGCAUGGGAACUACCAUUGGGAUCAAUCCAUGUCGUCCCAGAUCAGUCAGCCAGACAGCAGAUUUGGCAGCUUGGGCAGGAAAGGUGUCCAGAUAGGUGGUGCAGAACUCAUUCCGUCUCCCAAUCAUUGGGACCAGGGUGGCUUGAGCAGAGGCCAUGGUUCGGCAGCUUCUGUCAGCGAUAUCAGAAACCGAGGCGGCGAUCCCAGGACGCGCAAAAUUCCUCGCACCACAUCAACCCCCAACACUGUAGGCAUGGCCACGGGCAUGUUCUCGAUCCGAACGCAAUCGUCACCUACGUCUCCUCCCGAAUCUGGCUUCACGUCUGCGGCUCCGUCGCGACCCAGCAGUCCCAGACCGGGUGGCGACAACAAUGGUGUGCCAACGACCUGUACGAACUGCUUCACGCAGACGACCCCUCUGUGGCGACGCAAUCCGGAGGGUCAUCCCUUGUGCAAUGCAUGUGGUCUAUUCCUGAAGUUGCAUGGUGUAGUACGGCCUUUGAGCUUGAAAACAGACGUUAUCAAGAAGAGGAAUCGUGGCAGCGGCAAUUCUGUGCCUGUAGGGUCUUCACGUUCGAAGAAGGUAGCAAGCCGCAAGAAUUCUGUUGCACAUGGUGGAAGUUCAGCAGCUGGCAAGAACGCUGCAAAUGAAUCAGACUCGCCCAAAUCAGGCGGCGCUUCUGCAGUGAACACUCCAACGAGUUCUGGACCAUCGGAGAAACCUGUCAAGACGGUCGUGCCCAUCGCUCCAGGGCCACCUAAGCCUGCUACUCAGGCUCCUCUGUCGGCGCCUACACGCCCUGUGGCACCACGACGGACGCGUAAGAUCAGCAGGGCCUCGAACGCCAUACCGCAACACGAUGCGGACAUGCUCGACAUUGAUGACGCUGCGAACAGCGCAGAACCAAACGGGCAGCGUGAUCUGACCAGGACUGCGCACAUUGGUUCCAAUCUCCUAUCCGCUAAAGGCAACGCUCCGCCUAUGCACGCGUCCAUGUUCCCGCAAGGCGGCGGCGGACAACAGGCACCCCAAUCGGCUUCUGGAAACGAUGGCACGGCACCGCCUGGAAUUCCGCCUUCCAUGCUGACCGGGCCGCAAGAGUGGGAGUGGCUCACCAUGAGUUUGUGAGUAGGAGGUGGCAAGCUAUACAAUGGGCUUGCGGGAGGUAGUGACACGAUGAUACCCGAGCCUGCGUGCUCAUUAGAGACUUUUAUGUGCGACGAUGCUCGGAUCGAGGCGUUGGUGAAAUUCGAACAUUUUGUGUAUAGACUGGGCUGAUGACUUUGGAUUUUU